AUGGGUUCCCAGCCGGGGUACAGCCCAAAUCAGUUUGGAGGACCCGUUGGUCCUCAGCCGGGAUAUCCUCCUGCUUCAACAAUGAACGCUAGCCCUGGCACACAAUACCAGCAACAACUUUUUGCGAUGUGCGCCCAGGGAAAUCAUGACGCGACGACCAAGUACGGUGUAGUCGGUAUAAUUCUUGCAGUUGUAUGUUUCCCUUGCGGUCUCUUUGCGCUUCUAUGCGACAGGGAGAAACGUUGUGUACGUUGCGGCGUUCGCGUUGCAUAA